CGCACGGCACACCGUCGUAUCCCGCCUCCUCCGUGGCCGGCAAGGAGCCCAAGUGAAUCAAAGCCGGGUCGAACGCGGGAGGCCACUCUGAACUUUGGACUCGGACUCCGCCUUGCCAUGGGGCCGCUGGAGCCGCCCGGGCUUUCCCGAACUCCUCCCUCGAGUGUUUCCUAUGGUUCUCUUCGCCUCCCCCCAAGUCUGUUGUCUGGGCCUAGGGACACACAGGCCUUAUUGGCUUCUCAGGACUUGUCGAUGGAGAAGCUGGAGGUGGAGCCGGGUCCCCUGCCAUGUGACUAUCGGGUGGACAGGCGGGUACUGAAUGAGCAGGAGCUGGAGGAGACGGGGCAGAGGAGCCAGAGCCCAAAGCCUUCCCGAUGGUUUACUCUACCCAGAUGUUCAACAGCUGUAGCCUGGGCUACCCUCUGCCGCUUCCUGCCUAUCCUGAGCUGGCUGCCCAAGUACCCAGCGCGCGAAUUUCUCCUGGGGGACCUGCUGUCUGGCCUCAGUGUGGGCAUUGUACAGCUGCCACAGGGACUGGCCUAUGCCCUCCUCGCUGGACUGCCCCCUGUCUUUGGCCUCUAUAGCUCUUUCUAUCCCGUCUUUGUCUACUUUUUAUUUGGUACCUCCCGGCACAUUUCUGUGGGGACUUUUGCUGUUAUAUCGGUUAUGGUGGGCAGUGUGAGUGAAGCCCUAGCUCCCAAUGAUGCUUUCCUGGUCCCUGGAAAUGAUACAGAAGUAAAUGAGAUAGCCAGAGAUGCUACCCGUGUGAAAGUGGCCUCAGCCCUGAGCUUUCUAGUUGGUGUUUUCCAGGUGGGAAUGGGCCUCUUACAAUUUGGCUUCGUGGUGACCUACCUGUCAGAGCCACUGGUUCGUGGCUAUACCACAGCUGCCUCUGUCCAGGUGCUUGUGUCCCAGCUCAAGCAUGUGUUUGGCCUCAGUGUUAAAGACUAUUCGGGGCCCUUGUCACAGAUCUAUAUAGUGUUGGAGAUCAUCUGGAAGUUGCCAGAAAGCAACGUGGGCACUGUAGUGACUGCUUUGAUAGCUUCGACCCUGCUCUUGGCCAUGAAGAUAAUAAACCAGAAACUGGGCCGAAAGCUGCCCGUGCCUAUGCCAAGUGAACUCAUCAUGCUCAUUGGAGCCACAGCGAUCUCUUAUGGAGUCGGCCUGAAGGAGAAGUUUAAAGUGGACAUCGUGGGUAACAUCCCUGCAGGACUGGAGCCUCCUCAGUUGUUUGACUACCACUUCUUUGGAAAGAUCGUGGGGAAUGCAUUUGCCAUAUCUGUGGUUGGUUUUGCCAUUGCCAUCUCCCUUGGCAAGAUCUUUGGAAUGAAGCAUGGUUAUGAGGUGGACAAUAACCAGGAACUGAUUGCUCUUGGCCUCAGUAACUUCUUUGGCAGCUUUUUUCAGUGUUUUCCUAUAAGCUGCUCCAUGUCCCGGAGCUUAGUGCAAGAAGGUUCAGGGGGGAACACACAGAUUGCUGGGGCCAUCUCCUCCCUCCUCAUCUUGAUUGUCAUUAUCAAAUUGGGGGAGCUUUUUUAUCACCUUCCCAAAGCCAUCCUGGCUUCUAUCAUCAUUGUCAACCUCAAGGGCAUGUUCGUCCAGUUUUCUGAUAUCUGCUAUCUAUGGAAGGCAAACCGGGUGGACCUGCUGAUCUGGUUGGUGACCUUUGUGGCCACUGUCCUGUUGAACCUGGACAUUGGACUGGCUGUUGCUAUAGUCUUUUCCCUGCUCUCUGUCGUCUUCCGUACUCAACUACCCCAUUACUCUAUCUUGGGGCAGGUGCCAGACACGGACAUUUACAGAGAUGUGACUCAGUACAAGGAGGCCAGGGAAGUCCCAGGAGUGAAGAUUUUCAGCUCUUCGGCCACGUUGUACUUUGCCAACGCCGAGUUCUAUAGGCAGGCCCUCAAGGAGAAGAUUGGUCUGGAUGUGGACCACCUCAUUGCCAAGAAGAAGAAACUGAUCAAGAAGCAAAGAUUAAAGACAAAGAAAUUGCAGAAGAAAGAAAACCGGCAAAAGAAAGCUGCUGCCCGAAAAGUGCCCUUAGAUUCCUCAGAACCUAAUAGUAUGAAUGUUAAAAUUGAGGAAAUGGAUAUCGAGAAUGCCCAGGUUGGUGGUGUGGACAGGCCAGACAAUGCAGUGGUCAAUGACAAAGGGUUCACACUCACCUUGGAAGCACUGGGCCUACCUCAGCCCCACUUCCACAACCUUAUUUUGGAUUUGGGGACUCUCAACUUUGUGGAUACUGUGUGUAUCAAGACCUUGAAAAAUAUUUUCCGUGAUUUCCAAGAGAUUGAAGUGAAUGUGUAUUUGGCUGGCUGUCAUGGCAAUAUAAUCUCCCAGUUUGAGUCUGGGAACUUCUUUGAAGACUCCAUUACCAAGGGCCACCUCUUCGUUUCCAUCCAUGAUGCUGUCACCUUUGCCCUUAUGCAGCCAAGACCCAGAACCACACAGUCUGUCCUGGCCACUAGAAUGUGACACCCCUCCCUGCUGCUGCUGCUGCUGCUGCUGCUGUUGCGUGACCUAUGCACUCCUUGAUGGGGGUUAGGGGAGACUCAGAACUCGCUCUUUGGAGAAGGAUGUUCUCUUCCAUCCCUCACGGCACACCACCCUCCUCCUCAGCCCUUAAGGAUGGAGACUUUGGAGUCUGGGGUUGGGGGACGCUGAGCCAAGACAUGUGGCUAGAAGGAAGUGUCCUUACUUUGGCCAAGCCCAACUGCACAGUGCUGGUGAGGGGCUGGGCACAGGUUUUAUAUGUCUUUAUGAGAAUAAAGUGUUUGGCUUUGUUCUUGC